AUGAGUGAGGAGCAGCUCCCUGCAUCUCCCCACUGUCCCACCACGCAGGAGGACACCAAUGUCUCAGCCUCUGCCUACCCCCAGUACUGGGUGGAGCCCCGGUUCACCCAAGCAGCCAAGAUCCGUGUGGUCAUCACAGCCAUCUUCUUCCUGCUGGCAGCAGGCAGCAAUGCAGCCGUGCUGGGCAGCCUGCUGAGGAAGAGGAGGAAAUCCCACGUGCAGCCGCUGAUCCUCAGCCUGGCGCUGGCCGACCUGCUGGUGACAGUGAUGGUGAUGCCCCUGGAUGCAGCAUGGAACGUGACAGUGCAGUGGUAUGGAGGGGACAUCUCCUGCAAGGUCCUCAACUUCCUCAAGCUCUUUGCUAUGUAUGCUGCUGCCCUGGUGCUGGUGGUCAUCAGCCUGGACCGGCACGCAGCCAUCCUCCAUCCCUUCUCCCGUGCUCACCGCCGCAAUGGGAUGCUGCUCCGUGCUGCCUGGGCUGGCAGCGUGCUCCUGGCUUUGCCCCAGCUUUUCCUCUUCCACCUGAACACAAUCCCAGGAAGGAAUUUCACCCAGUGUGUUACUCAUGGGAGCUUCCGAGCACACUGGGAGGAAACUGUCUACAACAUGUUCACCUUCACCACCCUCUACAUCACCCCCCUGAGUGUCAUGAUCGUCUGCUACAUCCGGAUCCUUUGGGAGAUCAGUAAGCAGCUAAAGGUCAAUAAAGGUUUAACAAGAAAUCAAAACGAACACAUCUCCAAGGCACGCAUGAAGACUCUCAAGAUGACCAUAGUGAUUGUUGCCACCUUUAUCAUCUGCUGGACCCCUUACUAUCUCCUGGGCUUGUGGUACUGGUUCCAGCCAGCCAUGAUCCAGAAGAUGCCGGAGUAUGUCAACCACAGCUUCUUCCUCUUUGGCCUGCUGCACACCUGCACUGACCCUAUCAUUUAUGGACUGUACACCCCUUCCUUUCGGGAGGACGUGCAGUUGUGUCUCAGGGGCAUUGAAACAGCCAUCACCAAGCAAAAGAGACACAAACCCAUCUCAGCCUCAGAGAAGAUCACCAAGGAUGGUGCUGCAAAUGGUGGGGUGGCAUCAGGGGGCUCCAACGGGACAACUGUCAGCACGGUCUGA